AUGAAGCCCUCUAGCUCCUUUGCGUCUCAUUCCAAUGGCAGCAAAUCCCCUGCGUUGACGCCCCUGGAGGAGAAGCCGUUUUCUCAGCUGGAGGCAGGCGCGAUGGAGGCACCGGCUCUCAACCUUGAAGAAAACGAUGACUGCAUCUUCACUGGCGUUGUGCCAGAGAACCAGGCAUAUGUUCGAAAAACUGUAGAGCUAUCGCCUACGCAAUGGGCAGAGCACGUUCACAACGAAGUGUAUGUGAACAAUUCUUUAAAGGCAUACCAAACCACGACGGACCCCGGAAGGGAGCGGGAAUUUGGGCUGACCUUCAAGCUGCCUUCCACCCUAGCGAGCAGCGGAAGCGCAAAUUUAAGCCUUACCAAGAUUUGGGAUGGGUUCUCGCAUGGCUGGACGUGCGAGUCUCAUAUGUUGACUGUGAUCCGUUUGACGGACGAUAAGUAUCUGCACGGGCGCAACUCCUCCAGCGAAUCCAACGACUACUUGUAUUUGCCCAUCGGUUUUGAUUUAGAAGAGUACAAGCUAGAUAUCAGCUCGUUGGUGUAUGGAAAGAAUCUUAAAGGCAGCUAUUUGCACCUUUUGUUCAGGGAGAAGGAAAAUGGCUGCCUCUCCGAAUUCGAUACUCCAAAGUCCAACUUUGGCCCAAAGUUAAGUGUGGAAACGGAGGAAAGCGACGCUACUGACGCCGUGUAUGGCGAAUGGGGGCCUUUCUCGGAUUGCCGUGUCUCUUGUGUAACAAAGGUGAACUACCAGUGCAGAAAGCGCACUUGCACACCGGGUGUAAGCAGUGGGGUUUCGUGCAAAAUGGAGCGCAUGGUCGACAAGCAACCGUGCUCGGACUCCCAGGUCUCAUCGCCGUGCACCUGUGAUAAACUUAUUGAAGAAAACGCUUGUCCUGAGAAUUCGUCUUGCAACUCUUCGGUUGCCAACAAUGUUAUGUGCAACUGCUCUGGAAAGUUCACAAGGCUCGAUGUAUCCACCAAGACUGUUUGCGAAGGGACCUUCUCUUGUGCAUGUGGCUUCUGCUGUGCAGCAGCAGCGGCAGGAAGCGAUAGCACCACCACAAGUGCCGAGGAGUCCAGUAGCACGAAUGUCAUUUGGAUCAUCCUGGGCAUCGCGGGCGUGGUCGUCGUGGUUGGGAGCUUUGCUCUGCUAUGUGUGAAAAAGAAACCUCUAAGUGAUGCGGAUUUGCUGAACGCCAACUUAAACCCCCAAACUGGGGAGCUAGCUCCAGGAACUGCAGAACUUGGUGCUGGAAUGUUUUGGCCCCAGCAGCCGGGGAUGCUUAGGGGGCCACCGGCAAUGGGCGCACCUCACGGUUUCCCUCCUAUUGGAGGGCCUCCUAUGGGAGGGCCUCCUAAGGGAGGGGGUGUUCCCGGGAUGCUACAGAUAGGUACUACGAGUUCAUUCGCUUUCGUUGAUGCUCGCUGCUCUAGUAUUGGCAGGGCAUCCACCCUCGCAACGCUUAAUGUCAGAAUGGCACCGCCACACUCCCGAUCAUUCACAUUAUAUUGGCUAAGUGGCAACAAUGCAAAACAUGUCGUAACGGGUAGGUUGCCGCCCAUCUGUGCAGCUUCAGAAAUAAAUUAA